AUGUACGCUUCCAAGAUCGUCGCUUCUCUCGGCCUCUUCCUUGGCCUGGCCACCGCCACCGUCAACGUCGGCAAGGACUCUGCUGGUGACACUGUUGCCUGGAUCGGCGGCGAGUCCGAGUGCACCAACGUCUUCAUUGCCGGCAACGGCGCCAACCCUUGCGGAAUCAACUUCACUCUCAACAACGGAGUCACCUUCCAGCUCGUUGGCUGCGGCGGUGCCGGCCUGAGCUUGGACAACGGCGACGGCUCUUUCAACAGCAACUGCCAGUUUGGCGAGCAGAACCUUCAGUGCGGUAUCCAGCAGCAGUGGUCUUGCUUCUAA